AUGUUAUUACAAUUAAAUUUAAGUUUUUUUUUAAAAAAUCCAUUUAAUUCACAAAAUACCAUCAUACCGAUGUUCUUCACCCCUUUUCAUUUAUUAAGACCUCGUAAAAAAACUCAAAGAGUUGAUCGUUGCAGGACAAAAAAACAAUAUAAGAAUAGAAGACAUUUCAGAGGUUUUUACUAUAGAUGGAUGGGUUCUUAUUAA